AUGGGACCAACAUGUGAUCGAAUAGCAAAGAUGUUGCCUCACCCCAUUUUAGCGUCAGAUGACGACAGACAGUAUGUGCAAGAGAGCAUUCUUUCCCUACCAGAUAUGGUUGAAAAUUUCUUUACCUCACUUGAGCGUGUGUACACGGAUGGCAAGUGUGAAGAGGCAAAGCAGGCCUUCGCUACGUACCACAGUAUUCAAACUAUAGUCAGCGUUCUGUGCAGGGUACCUGCCUCCGCUUACCGUACAAACGAUGAGAAACGAAGUAUAGACUGGGAAAUUUAUGAACGGAUUAAGCGAAUGGGCCAUCUUUUUUUGGGUGACAUUGUUGUGGUUGGCCCUCAAUCAUUGAACUGGAGGGUACCGGUGAUGCGUUUAGCAGAGGAGGUCGCACAGCGGAUGCGAUGUGCUUAUGUUGAGUUUCCUUUCAUGUCAGUUCUACUCAGGGAGGCAGUUUCAUACAGCUCUGUUGCAUUUAUACUUGUUAUUGCGAUUUUUGCGGCUUCCGUUGUCUUCACCCUCGUUGUGUUGGUGACGCUGCCGACACUGUCACCCUCAACCACCGUGGGGUUACUGGUAGGGUUGACUGCGUUUCUCCUUGUGAGUGUUGUUAGUUGUGGAUUCCUUUACCUCUUUGUCACAUCGGCGAAGGCACUGAAGGUGCUCCACACCUGGAUUCUUGAAGAGCGCAUGUACACCGUGCUGCUUUCUUCCGCAUCGUCUGAAGGAGACCUCAGUACAACGGGGCCGUCGGCCGGGGCGGCGGUUCCGCAGGUUACUCGUGGACAUAAUACAAAGAACGGCUACUACACAAUCCCCUACGGCAACGCAUUGGGUUACAUUGAAGGAAAGCACGUUGACGCCCAGGUCGUGAUGAUUGGCUUCGAUGACAAAUACCGUAUAACCCGGUGGAACAUGGCCGCCGAGGUUGUGACAGGGUUUCUCGAGUCUGGAUGUGUCGGAAAACCGCUCUCCGACUUGGUUAUAACCCCAACAGGGGACAUUGAGCGAGACUUAGCACCUCUCCAGGUGUUUUCAGGUGAGGUACUCAAACUGAAGCUGCGUGCCUUUGCCACAGUUCCCGUCACAUUGUUCACUGUCGCUGUCCCCAUAUUGAACCAGGAGGGGUCCUUAAUUGGGAGGAUUCUUAUUUGUGCUAAUGCAAAGGACAAUUUGGGGGAGUACCGCACCUACAUUCGCGACUACGUGGUGUCGGAAGUAAACUUAUCGUUAUCUGAGAUCUUAGAAGGAAAAGCCGUUACGCCAAGAGGAUUGUCCGUUAUUGGUCCUCUUCAGUCAUUCUUGGAAUAUGGGUACGGGAAGCAAGUGGAGGAGUUGGCGCGAGGGAUGCUAGCAGAAUGGGAGUGGACAUCUUCAGAACAGCUUCUGGGGCAGAUGCUCCGCUUGUCUCCACUUGAUCACAAGACGAGCGUUGAUUCGCUGUUUCCCGGCACGCUUUGUCUCCAUCCAUGUAUCCCGGAAGCUGUCGCCACGUUGCUGAAUAGUCUGCGUGUCCCAUGCCAUUUGAGGUUGCAGAUUUUGAACUCUUCCAGGAAUACCUUUGCUCUACAGAUUGUCGCAACUCCUGUUGCCCAGGCAGCGCCAAGCACAGCCCAGAUAAGCGAGUUACGCGAGAAAUUGCUGCCCCACUUGCGCAGUACCUGUGGAAGUAUUCGCGAGGACGACGGCACCGUUGUAUUCCGAUUUCCUUGCCAAAUCACAGCCGCACUGGAGGACAUUGAUGACGCAACCUUCCGACCAGCUGACGCACUGAAUGAACGCUACGUUAUCGAUCAAACCCGUGCCAUCGUGAAUUGCACUGUGAAUGUGCUGACGCUGAUAACAAACCUUGUGGACCAACACAAUAUUUCUAUGAUCCUGCUCAGGACGAUGUUUGUUUCUCUGACAAGUGUCCGGGAGCGAUGCGAGUUAGAGAAGCGCUUGCAGUCAUCACCAAGUGAUAUCGAUGUGAUUGUAUGCGAUCGUGGAUGGCUAAACUCGGUGCAGGAUUUAGUACAUUCCCUCAGUUACGAUAUUAUUGUUGUCCCCAUCUCUGAACCGGGUGUACGCCUUGCGUUAGAGGGGUUUCAGUACGUUAUAAACACCCCCAUAUCGAGUACUGAAGUCCGUAAGGUAUUGAUGGCGAUCGGCACUGCAGUGUCACUGCGGAAGAAUGCAGCUACCGCGCAGGAGGAGCGAGAACGUAUUCUGACACUGAGGCAAGACUCACCGUGGACGAAAGGUGUGCUGCUUGGUCGAGGUUCUUUCGGUGCCGUAUAUGAGGCCACCAGUGAUUUGACAGGGGGGAAGAUGGCAGUGAAGAUGUUUUACUUUACGGAGGACUUAGAGGAGUCUAUUAACGCCUUACUUAAUGAAAUUAAGAUAAUGUGUAGCCUGAAUCACCCAAAUAUUGUUCACUACUUUCACUGUGAGCGGAAAGAAAACAGUGUGAACCUCUUCAUGGAGCUUUGUUGUUGUUCACUGGGCGACAUCAUAUACGGCCGAAGUCAGAAGCCACCAGACCUGACGGUUAUCAAGGUCCUUCGGCAGCUGCUCACAGCACUGACCUAUUUGCACGCGCGUGGGGUGGCACACCGUGAUGUGAAGCCGCAGAAUAUUCUGAUAAAGGGCGACGUUGUGAAAAUCACUGAUUUUGGAACGGCCCGCCAAGGGGUUGGAAGCGAGGACGUACAGGGCACGUUGCGGUACAUGGCGCCUGAGGUGUACCGUGGUGAGGAUCACUGCAGCCCAUGCGAUAUUUGGUCAGUUGGUUGUGUAGCAGCUGAGCUCUUUGACUGCCCACCCUUAUUUAUGGAGACUCCCCACAUGCUAGCAGAUAUGACAGAUGUUGAUUACUACGUAGAUGGACUUACAAGCAACCCUGUCCUCUGUGAUUUCUUACGCAUGUGUUUCUGCCUCCAACCUGAAGGGAGAGCGACUGCGGCUGACCUUCUGUUGCACCGCCUAUUCAGUAGCAGUUGCAGUGCUGAGGUGGAGUCACUACCUGAUAUAUUUAGCAGGGAGAAGCAGUAUGUGAGUUCGCUUACCAUCACCACACAACCCCAUUCGUAG